AAUUACAAUCAGACAUCAUCAAAAACGUCAAGCUGUCAGAAGACCAAAUUCCACAAAACAAAAAAAGAUGAAAUGAAAUAAAAAGAAGAAUAUAAAAGGUGUGUGGAAGACAACUCUCUGCUCCCUUUCGGUGGAUUUUCAUUUCACCUUGCAAAGGCAGGCAAGCGCAAGCCCCCCCUCCCAUCUAUUUCUCUCUCUUCAUUUCAUCUCACCGCCAUCGUCGUCUCUCUCUCAACUCCUGUAAAAUAAUUCACAAAUUAAGGAAAUCUUUGGGCAAGAAUUUCAUCAGAGCACCCUUGAUUGGUUUGAUAAGCUCUUGAGGAACAGCUCGGAUUUGCAGAAAAAAGAAACCAAAUUAUAAAUUUUGGGAAUUUUGGGGUUGACAAGAAAGAAGUCAUGGAUGCUAAUUCUUGGGCUGCUCGUUUGUCUUCUGCCUCCAAGCGCUAUCAAUCUGCUCUUCAAUCUCGAUCUGGAAUAAAAUGGGAUGGCUUUGAUGCAGAAAUGCUCAUGGGCUUUGAGGAGAUUGACAUGGAUGAUGAUAUAAGAGAGGAAUAUCCGUGCCCUUUCUGUUCGGACUAUUUUGAUAUUGUGGGACUCUGCUGCCACAUUGAUGAUGAGCAUCCUAUAGAAGCCAAGAAUGGGGUGUGUCCAGUUUGUGCGAUGAGGGUGGGCGUUGAUAUGGUGGCUCAUAUAACGCUGCAACACGGGAAUAUUUUUAAGAUGCAGCGCAAGAGAAAAUCACGAAAAUCUGGUUCACAUUCUACGCUUUCUUUGUUGAGGCGAGAGCUAAGAGAAGGGAACUUGCAAUCCCUUUUUGGAGGAUCUUCCUGCAUAGUUUCUUCGAACAAUGCAGCCCCUGACCCGCUUUUGUCCUCAUUUAUUUUGCCAAUGGUUGAAGAUUAUGAAAGCAUUGUUCCAUCACACUCUUCAGCUGAGUCAACAACAUCCAAGAAAAGCACAACUGGGAGCAUUUCAGAGAGAAAGCCUCGUCCGCCUCCAAUGUCGAUCAAAGAUCAGGAGGAGAAAGCGAAGAGAAGCGACUUUGUUCAAGGACUUGUGUUGUCGGUGAUGCUCGAUGAUAAUUCCUAAGUCUUGUUGAAGUUGGCUGGAAACUGCAAAGAUGGGUGGCGACUAUAAAUGCCGGCGCAUGGAAAAUGGAAAGUGAAAUAAGUUUGUAGUAAUAAAUGUAAUCUAUGUUAUGUAGAGGUUAGUUGUAGGUCUUGAAGAUUCAUGUAUUUUUCUUCUGGUUUCUGCUUCAUGCUUUGCUCAAGAAGAAGAUGAUAGACUUAUUAUCUCAUAUUUUGCACUAUUAAUUGUUGAUUUUAAUUUUGUUAUGAUGAAGGUAAGAUUUUGUGGUAA